AUGCAUAUUUCAGCUAUCUCGCUUCUUGCCCUGACUGUAGGCGCAGUGGCUCUUCCGACUUCUGAGAGGAGUGAGUCUCUGGAGAAACGUUGCGAAUGGCACGAUGGCCAUGGACCCAUCAGCUGCAUUGUUUUCGGUGCAGAAGGACGCGAACGUUCAGAAUUCAUAAUGAAGGGCAAUAACUUUGAAAUGCGAGGUUUCCCUCGUUGCGAUCCCUGGCGAGGCCAUAUCUUCCAGAACUUCGAAAGCCCGUUGCCUUAUGUCCUUCAGGUGGCUCCUGGAAAUACCUGCGAAACUAGAUUUCCUGAGGCCUGGUGGGAUGAUCUGCAUAUUAGGUAUGCCAGCACUUUCGUAAAUGCACCUACGGACACCCGUUGUGGACCGGUCGAGAACGGCUGGGGCCGCCGUUGUAUCAUUGCUCAACGCCCUUAA